CCCAGCAGAGGCCAGCACCUGACUCGGGCACUCGGGCAGGCUCCGCCGUCUCCUCCGCCGUCUCUCUUCCCUUUCCCCGUUCAGUUCAGCUUCGGUUGCCUCGCCGUUCGGGUUAUUCCGCGCCUCGCUUCGCCCCCCUCCGCCGCAAACCUCGUCUCGAAUUCGAUCGCGGUGGGAGCGAUCGGGGCGCCAGGAUGACCGUGAUCGACAUCCUCACGCGGGUCGACGCGAUCUGCCAGAAGUACGACAAGUACGAUGUCGACAAGCUCAACGGCGCCAACGUCGCCGGCGACGACCCCUUCGCCCGCCUCUACGCCUCCGUAGACGCCGACGUCAACCAAUGCGUCGAGAAAGCGGAGGCGGCGAAGCAAGAGAAGAACCGGGCCGCGGUUGUGGCGCUCAACGCUGAGAUCCGGCGCACCAAGGCCAAGCUCCUCGAGGAGGACCUGCCAAAGCUGCAGCGCCUCGCCGUGAAGAAGGUGAAAGGGCUCACAAAGGAAGAGAUCGCGACCCGUAGUGAUCUGGUUGCCGCAUUACCGGAUAGAAUACAAGCAAUUCCAGAUGGUAGUUCUAGUACCACAAAGAAAAAUGGAACCUGGGGAGCCUCAGGAUCUCGCACUGGAGGAGCCAUAAAGUUCGACACUACUGCUGAUGGGAACUUUGACGAUGAGUACUUUAAGGGGACAGAAGAAUCGAACCAGUUCCGCCGGGAAUAUGAGAUGCGCAGAAUGGAACAGGAUAAAGGUUUGGAUGUUAUUGGUGAAGGGCUGGAAACUCUGAAAAACAUGGCAUCUGACAUGAAUGAGGAAUUGGACAGACAAGUUCCUUUGAUGGAUGAAAUGGAUGACAAGGUGGAUAGAGCCAAUGCAGAUUUGAAGAAUACCAAUGUUAGACUGAAGGAGACUGUUCUUCAGCUGAGAUCGAGUCGCAACUUUUGCAUUGAUAUCAUCCUUCUCUGUGUCAUUCUUGGUAUUGCGGCCUACCUUUACAACGUGCUAAAAAAGUGAGACAGGAUCCAGUUGUGGCCCCUGUGUUAUUACGGCUCAACCUAUCAGUUCUUGGAGUGAUGAGUAAUGACGUGUGCUCGAGCGAUUUGUGUUGUCAUAUCUCUGUAUUAUUUGUGGUGUCCCGCUUGAACCUUAACUAGGGUUUGUUGAAGUAGCACUGCGUGUGCGUAAACUGGAGUCUGCAGAUAUAUCUUCUGUACAUUUGGGAGUAAAUUUCCUAGUGAGGAGUACACGGCGUCAUUCUGUGUGGACCAUGCAAACGUGCUCAUGUAUAUUCCGUCAGGUCUUCCAUCGGCAUCUCCAUCUUUAUGUUGAAUCUGUCUGGUUGGUUGGUA